GGCAGAGCUUUCAGGUCUGAGCAAGCUGGCCUCUGCUGGGGAGUCAAUAGAGGGGUCAGAGCAAAGCUUUGGUUUUCUGCCGUGGCCAGGGUCCUGCCCAGGUUCCGUCUGCAUGGCGCAGGAGACCACCUGGCGCCCAGGACGCCCACGGAUGGGCCUCUCUUAGCCGCCGCGGCUUCAGCGCGCCCCCGCUUCCUCGCGGGGCAGGGCUUUCCUUGGACUGGCGGGCAGGGGCGAGCCGCGGCAGUCGGCCCGGCAGCUGCGGGAGCUCGUUCUGCUCUUCCCCUUGCAGGUGCGCGAGUGGCGCGGGCGCCAGGGGCAGGCAGGACGCGGAGAAGGCAGGCGCCCGCCAUGCCCGGCCCGCAGCUUCCCGCCUCGGCCUCCCGCCCGCCGCCCCCGCGGAACGGCCAGCCGCAGCCCCUGUGAGGAGGAAGAGGCGGCGGCGGCGGAGGAGGAGGCGCCGCCCCCUUGGCCAGCUCCCCGACCUGGCGGCCUCGGCGGGACCCAUGGCGGAUUCCUCGCCCGCGCUGUCCCUGCGGGAAGGCGGCCCCCGCGCCCCGCGGCCCUCGGCCCACUCGCCACCGCCGCGCUCGCGCUCCGGCUCCGAGUCCGAGGAGGCCGAGCUGUCGCUGAGCCUAGCCCGCACCAAGACCCGCUCGUACGGUAGCACGGCCAGCGUGCGGGCGCCGCUGGGCGCCGGCGUCAUCGAGCGCCAUGUGGAGCACCGGGUCCGCGCCGGCGACACUCUCCAGGGCAUCGCGCUCAAGUACGGAGUCACGAUGGAGCAGAUUAAAAGGGCCAAUAAACUGUUUACCAAUGAUUGUAUAUUUCUGAAGAAAACUUUGAACAUCCCAGUUAUAUCAGAGAAGCCUUUGUUGUUUAAUGGACUUAACUCCAUUGAUUCUCCAGAAAAUGAAACUGUUGAUAGCAGUUUUUCUCAUGAAGAGGAGCCAGUGGUAGCUGGGGAAGACCUCCCUCCUCCCAGUCCUCAAGAAUCUGAUGUUCAGCCUUCGCAGCCUGAGGAAGUAUCAGCCAGAGAUUUCCUGCAGAGACUCGAUUUGCAGAUUAAGUUAUCAACACAGGCAGCCAAGAAACUAAAAGAAGAGAGCAGAAGUGAAGAGAGUCCCUAUGCAACUUCCCUCUAUCACAGUUAGGUGAUUCGGGGGCAUAACUCAAACCUGGAUUAAGAAAUGGUUGGACCAUAAAGGAUGCAACAACUGAAGACUCAAAAGCAUCCCUUUUGGAUUCCCAUAGUGCACAUCUUAAAAUCAUAGUUUACCUAUUGCAAUUGCACUGAAGUGAUUAGUUUCCUC